AUGGUACCAGCUACCCCCCGGAAGAAGACCAAAGCCACUGCAGCCCAGAGAGGACCCAGUGACGAAGAUCACGGAGAAAGACAGAAUGCCCCUGGCCGCUUCCCUGAUGAUAGCGAGUUUGAACGCGAAUCUGACAAUCUUGACCUCCCGAGAACGGAAAUGGAAGAGGUAGUAUCAGAAUCUGCAAAAUCUGCCAGAGAUGAAGCAGCUCGUCAGGCUCGCAGGGCUUGCCGCCUUGAAGAGCAACGUCAGACCGAAGAAGAUCUCGAGCUCAACGACCUGGCUAAUUCGAUGGGUAUAGAUGAUAACUUGGAUAUCUCACAGCUCGCCGCAGGGGCUGGGCCCGAAGGCGAACUUACUGAGCAACAUCGCAAAAUGUUUUACAGCAAGUUUUACAAUCAUCUGGAAACAGCAGUUGACGAAACCUGGAUACUCAUUCAAGAGCUUGUCCCGUUUAAAGUUCGAGCCGCGGGAAUUAUACGGGAGAAGGAACAGGCUGAAAAGGUUGCUACUGAGAUAGCCUGGGCAGCCAAUACCAAGGAUAUCGAGAUUGAGCAACUUGUGGAGGAAAAACAGAGCUACAUGAGCCGGAUUGUCGAACUUGACGCAAAGGUUGCUGCCAUGGAAAGGGCUCAGGCCAGAGAUUGCAACCAGCCAGCCGCAGGCACUAGGGACCAGCGUGACGAGACUCCCCUCUCCGGUACGGGCGGUAUUAGUCGCCGUUCGGCAAAGAUGCCCGAUCCCCCUCUCCUUGAUGACGGCAAAAAGGUCCGCUUCGAUGAUUGGCAGAUCCGAAUCUACGAUAAACUAGACGCGAACGCUGAUCACUUUGAAACUACUAAAGCGGAAAUGACCUACGUGAAAAGUCGCCUGGAAGGACGAGCAGCGGAACAUAUUAUUGCACGUUCCCGUCGGAACUCGCUGAACCCUUACAAGAACGUUGAAGAUAUUAUGGAUCACCUCCGCUCUAUCUACGAAGACCCAUACCGCAAGACUAACGCUCAGAGCAAGCUACGUCAGUUAACUAUGAAAGUCAGCGACAGAUUUACAGAGUUCAUUUCAACCUUUACCCUUAUUGUCUCUGAGGCAGAGCUUGCGAAAGAGGAAUGGAAAGAGAAUCUUUACCAACGUUUACCACCCCGUUUGCAGACUCAGUUAGAUGACCCAAGCAGCGAUCCUAAUGUCGAUUAUGAGAAUUUCUGCCUGAUUAUUACGCGCCUUGAUAAUCGCCAGAAUCAACGCUUUUCUCUCAAGGCUAACCAGCGUACUACGGUCUUAGCCCCUUCAGGUGGAUCGACCGGCAAACCAACGACUAUAG